AUGGAGCCCCUCAGCCCGAUCUUAAAAACACCAACUCGAAUACCCCGACCGACUUUCGUGGCCGCGUCACCUCGAACACCCUCCAUCCGCGCGGUCCCCUACAACGCCGUGGACGGAGUUACUACUGCUUCUAGCAUGACUGGAAGUUACUCGCCGACAAGCUGGCCGUUCCCCAAGUCAGCCAAACGUCUAUCAUUGUAUGACCGAUUACAUUGUGUUGAUGCCGGUCGACUUUUCUUGCUGAUUGCAUCCAGGGACCUUCCAACCGCAGCCACCCAGCAUUGCGAUGCGCCCGGUGCCAGCUGUAGCGACAUUAACCAAACUGAGAGUGCGAAAUCCCACCACCGGACCACGGCCUCCACAGCGAGUGAAGCGACAAUAAUUGGAAGUUUCCAGAUGGCGAAAAACGAGGUAUCGAUGGCUCGUGGUCGCGCCGACGUCUCUCGAGAUUCGGUCGAGACUCAAAUAUACGCACCCCGGCACAGCGAGAGCAAUGCGAUCGCGGAACACCCGCGACCGAACAGCGGCGGGCACUUCCUUCACCCUGCAACAGAGGGUUUGGAGCGGCCCAUGACCCCGACUCCGUACUCAGUUUUGCGCAAGGUAUCGGAGGUGUCUGAGCCUGGAAAUACUGAAAACGGGGGCGACAGCCAAGUUAGGGACGAAGAGCAGCAGCCGAUUUCUGCAUCGAAACCCCAAGAAACCACGCAUCACCAUCAGUCGGCAACCCACACUCCGCGGGACACAGCCACGAAGGGCCCCGUAAUCGACGACAUCGAUAUUGAACGUACGGACGCGUCCAGCGUAACUCAUGCUACGCCUGUCCCGCGGAACGAGGAAGGCCGAGUGCUAUCCCGUCUGCGCCCGCUCCUUACCGCGACCAUUCCCAAGAGCGAGCCCCAGGACGCCCAAUGGCUUGCGGCGCCCACCAGCAGCGUGGGGGCCGAGUACGGCGGUUCCGACGGCGGUAACAUUGACGAUACACUUGAUGGCAUCAUCAUCCUGAAGUCGGUCGGGAUGCCGGAAGCCGCGCCCAAUGCCGGGGCCUCGAUGCGAAACAUUAGUCUCUACUCGCGGAGGCCGACUACAAUCCAAAGCGAGGUCCCCGAUCUCGAGUCUCUCCGCCUUGGCCCGAGAUUGCGCCAUAGCCGUUUGCCGCUGAGCCCCAGCAUGGCCACGAAUGCAGGACGGAGCGUGCCGAGAAGCACGAAGAAGCUGUGGAGUGCCCUUGCCCGAUCGCGCAGAAUGAUGUUUGCUUCGGCCGUUCUCUUGGAAUUAUGCAUCCUCAACGUGGUUGCCAGCGUCACGGCGGUGACUGCUAGCUAUAUCGAGCAUGGGUAUGCCGGCAUCGGGGUGGUGGCGUGGGCCGCCGUGAGCGGUGUGUUUGCCCUCACCUUCGGUGCUCUCCUGGGCGCCACCUUCCUGCAGUACCGCAAGAUGAACAAGGACCUUGUCUCGGGCGAGAACUGGAUCGAGAUGCACCUUCGGUCUCGACCUCUCCCUCCCCGACCCCAGAGCAAGGAUCGGAGACAAGACAACGGUGCGACAGAGGCCUGGCAGAAAUUCGUCCAGGAUCACACGCAGCUUCGCCGCUAUGUUGAAUUCCUUGAGAGCCGCAUCGGCGUACUUGAGGAAGGUCGCCCGAACAUCGGCGAGCAGAACAACGGUGGUACUAACACGGCCGGCGUCGUGAGUGGGCCGACUUACGGCACAAUGGAGAACGCCAUCGGCCAGUCGAACGGCAUUGACGCGGAUGCCGGCGCUAGCGGGGACAAUACCCCGAAGGAGAAGAAAUUAAACGUGGGCGGUUCGUUGUCACGCCGCCAACUGCUUCAGUCAGAGGACUCGGUCACAGAGCCCGAGUCCUGGCAAGGUAGUGAUGGCAACGCUACCAUUUCCAAAUCGGAUACUAAGGCCAGCAUCCUCACCGAGUUGUGUGAAGCCGUCACCGAGGGAUACAGUCCCUUGUCUGGGAUGCCUCCGAGUUCACCUCACACCCCACAAGCACCCAACAACCAGACACCCUCAGGUCGCCCGCGCGUUCGUACUCUCCGCCACCUGGCGCUGCCUAGCAGGGCCGCCUUUCACCGGCCUGGGGCGCAUUCGGUCGAAAUUUAG